UUCCGCAGAAUUGGUUAUCCGAUAUUUUAGUAAUUAGAAAUCAUUGGUCUUAUUAGAAAAACAUAUUUACACUAAAAUUGAGGGAUAUAUCAUACGUCAAACAUGUUGCGGCGUCAUUUUCAACAGUUCAACUAUAGUCAGAACUAAUCAAUUAGCCGAGCCCAACAAGUAUCAAAUCAGUAUAAAAACUAACGUUGCUUCUUCGGUAUACGAUAUCAGCGGCUGUGUGAUCUCAGUAAUUUUAGUUUAGGGUUAUGAAAAUGUAUCAAACAAUUGAGAUCACGUUGGGCAAGUGAGAUCACAUACCAAAGAGGCGCCAAAAAACGAUAAAUAGAAAGAUAUUGAAUUUAAAGUUUUUCAAUGUCAGGAAGCGAAAACUUCCUAGACCGCCGGACAGGAACCUUUGUAAAAUUAUUUACUCGCAAUGACAUAACAAUAUCUUUGAAAAUUUUGCAAAACAAAUAGGAAUUCAUUGCCCAUCUCAUAUUUUGUUGCUGGGGCGUAUUGAGAGGCACAGAGGCGUGUCGAGAUAGGAAUGGUUAACCAAGUUUAACAACAUGUUCCGCAUGUAAAUAUGAACUGAUUCAAUAUGAUAAUACCAUAUCAGCGACUGAGUACAAUAUACGAAAAGAUUCUGUGAAUAAUGAUCGAAGCAAUUGUGAUAGGACGCGGAAACUUUAAAGACUGCAGGACAUAUGAUACUUCAGUUAUCAGACGAAGUGGCAAUACACUUUUCGUAAAUUUAAUUGUUGAUAUUGCUGAAAUCACGAUUGAAUGGUUAAGUAUCAAACGUAGAGUUUACAACGGAAACUUAUGUGGACCAACAAUACAAGUUAAACCUGGAGACACUAUUAAACUUUCAUUGCAGAAUCGUCUCGGUGCCGACCAAGCUGAAGGAAUUCACAAUCAAUUACGACUACCCAAUACAACUAAUAUUCAUUUGCAUGGUCUUCACAUCUCUCCUGAUACACCUGGAGACAACGUGUUUACCCGAGUAGACCCCGGAUUUACUGUAGGAUAUACUUAUGCAAUUAACCAAAACCAACCACCCGGAACAUAUUGGUACCACGCCCACUGGCAUGGAUCGACUUGGUUUCAGGUGAUGAGCGGUCUUUCUGGAUUGCUGAUCGUAGAUGAUGAACCAAAUACAAUGGCAGUACAACUUAACGACGUUUCCUGUCCAGAUCAUUGUGAACACGACAUUCACGUUCUUCUUCAAUCAACUCUGCAGUACUCCGACAAUUCGGAUGGUGUCAGUUUCAUUUGGAACAUUCAGAGAAAAAUAGGAGAUUCAGAAUAUUUUAGAUUGAACGAUUCAGUAGAACAGUGGCUGAUGGAUGUUAACAAUGGAUUUGAUUACUACACAACUAACGGACUUUAUAACCCAGUACUAAAAGUACAAAAGAAUCAGAUGAAAAGGUUUCGAAUAGUCAAUGCAGGUGGUUAUGUUGGUCUUGAAUUGGAGGUUAUAAAUAUUAACGGAUCAGGUGAUUGCGUAAUCAGAGAAAUUGCGUUUGAUGGUGUAUAUCUUGAUGCUCCAAGAGUUCAAAUAGCCGGUCAGUCCUAUAUCACUGUCGGAGGUCGAGUGGAUUGGAUGAUAUAUUGUAAUGGCGUAGGAUUCUUUCAGCUUCGCUCAGUUUCGAGACCUGAAAGUGAGUAUUCCAUUGGUACGUUUCGUCGAUAUAAUGGCGAUUUGAUGAUAAUUGAAGUUAUGAAUAGCGACUUACCAACUCCAACUUUUCCUGCUGAUUUACCGGACCGUCCAGAAUUUGUGAAAGAUUUAUUGAAUGUCACCGAUAUACCAGGAAGUAAUAAAUUUGUUGUAGAAUUUUCCGACGACUUUUUUAUGAAUCGUGAAAAGUUUGACGUGGAAAAGGACUAUAGAUUCAGAAUGGAAGUAGGAUCCAUACAAGAAUGGACCUUUGUCAACACUAUACCUGGUGCUCCACAUCCUUUGCAUAUCCAUGUUAAUCAUUUCCAGAUUAUUAGCUACAAUGAUUACACUGGUCCAUUAAGUGGAAAAUCUCAAUAUUAUUUCAAUGAGUUUCCAACGUUUGUUUUACGUUCACAAUCCGGAAAUCUUUGUAACGAUUCGUAUGGAAUCCCGAAUCUACAAUAUGAAGAUCCACACCGAAAGUGGCCAAAUCAACCUGAUGAAAAAUUUUUGGCACACAAAAAACGUUGGUUGAAUCUAGAAAGCGGUGGAGAUGACAGUGAUGCAGUGGGAUAUUCAAGGAAAGGAGAUUGGAGAGAUGUUUUAAAUCUUCCACCGUUUUCAAACGUCACGGUUCGUUUCAACGUUCAUAAUUACACUGGGUCGGUAGUUCUUCAUUGUCAUGUUUUGAAACACGAGGACUUAGGAAUGAUGAUCACUGUUGAAUCUGUCGAUGACAUUGAUUCGCAAUCUAAUAUGGGAGUAAGAGAAUUAGGAUGCAGCGAAAUAAUAGGGAACUCUGGCGCACAAUGCGAAGGAUACUGCGUGGCGACUUGGGUGCUUGUAGCACUUAUUAUAGCUGUUAUUUUUUGAGCACCAUCGGGUUUAUAUGUUGUAGAAAUUAGUCUUAUAAUAUAAUAUUGUUAUAUUAAGUAUGUAGAAAAUGUAGAGGUCAGCAUUACUCGAUAGUGAAAAUCAGUUCAAUUUCAUGUUUUUUGGUUAAAGACAUUAGGUUGGAAAAAAACUAUAGUUUCCUAUAAUAAUAUUAGCUUACAGUAUGUUGUUUUCAUGUUACCCUUCGGUGUUUAACAGUUUUUGCGUCUGUAUGAUUUAUUCUCCAACAUCUUAUAUUUUACCACACAUAAAUAUAUAUUGUGAUAUUAUGAAACUUCAUGAUAAGAGUCUAUAACUGAACGAACUUAUUUAGAAUUUCCCCAAAGUUUUCAGUAUUUUUUGUACUUUUGUUUCAAUAUGUUGUUUUCUGUUCAUGAUAGGUUUUCUUAUGCACGCGAUCUUUGCACUACUGUAUCUAGCGUUAUUGGAGUCCUUACAAACAUGAGGAUGUAAUAAGCCAUAGUAUCAUAGCUAAAAUAUAGUGUUCAUUGUAUGUUAGGUUGUUUUCACUCUCAGUACCAUUCAUUAAGAUUAGCUUAUCAAUACAUUGUAUUCUACGGCGUU